AUGGGUAUUCUUGCUGUGUUUGCCCUACCAUUGCUUCUUCUAGGGAUCAGUGGAAUCGUUUAUAUUUACCAGACAGUCAUAUGGCUAGUGUCCAAAUCAGCAGUGCAGAACAAGGUGGUGGUGAUCACAGAUGCCAUCUCUGGACUAGGCAAGGAAUGUUCUCAAGUGUUUCAUUCAGGAGGAGCAAGGCUUGUGUUGUGUGGCAGAACAUGGGAGAAGUUGGAAGCCUUGUAUGAUGCUUUAAUUAGCGUGGCAGACCCCAGUGCAACAUAUACACCAAAGCUCAUUCUUCUGGAUAUCUCAGACAUAGACUGCAUUCAAGAUGUAGCUAAGGAAAUCCUGAAUUGCUAUGGUUGUGUGGAUAUACUCAUCAACAAUGCAAGUAUGAAGGUAAAAGGAGCAGUGCAGAGCAUUUCAUUGGAACUUGAUAAAAAGAUAAUGGAUGCCAACUAUUUUGGACCUAUAACAUUAACCAAAGCCAUUCUUCCCAACAUGAUUUCUAGAAGAACUGGCCAAAUAGUUUUAAUUAAUAGUAUUCAAGGAAAAAUAGGAGUCCCAUUUCGUGCAGCUUAUGCUGCUUCUAAACACGCUGCUGUAGGCUUUUUUGAUUGUCUUAGAGCAGAAAUGGAAGAAUUUGAUAUUUCUGUCAGCACUGUCAAUCCAACCUUCAUCUGUUCAUACCAUCAUCAGCCAGCACCUGGCACUUGGGAGGCAUCAAUUUGGAAAUUCUUUUUCAGAAAGGUGACUUAUGGUGUGCACCCAGCAGAGGUGGCAGAGGAAGUCUUGCGCACAGUGAGCAGCAAGAAGCAGGAGGUGCUGAUGGCCAACCCUAUACCCAGAGCAGCUGUUUACAUUCGCACCUUCUUUCCUGAAAUGUUUUUUGCCAUUGUUGCCUCAGGGAUUAGGGAAAAACUGAAGACAGAACAAGAAAAUUGA